GGGGAGAGGAGGAGGAGGAGGUGCCCUAUGGUUUUCCUUUGCGGGAUUUAUUUCGCCAGCUCCAAACCUUCUUGUGCGUUAUCUAUUUUUUUCCUCUUCUGACCAAAGGCCUUCAACUUGUCCGGACGGUCCCUUCCUCACUCGCAAGGGUGUGAGUUUGCGGUCCCUGGGCUGGAGGUGUUAGUCAGAGAAGAACAAUGUGGCAGCACCUGCUCAUCUUACUAUGGAGGAAUAAGUUCACUGAACAGACAUUUGCUUUAACUUGAAGAGCCCCUCCUCUGAUGGAAUUGGGAGCUUGGUGAUAGCAUGAUGGAUUUGAUCGACGGCCUUUGUGGAUCUUAGAGUGGAAUCUGGCUCGAUUGAUUGACUUUAUGCAAUUUGGAAUUUCCUUUAACCGGCUUUAUCUCUUGGAUAUUUACCCUGGAUCUAACUGACUGACACUAAUUUCUGGGAUAUUGUAGAGAUUUGUCUGUAGAGACUUUUCACUCAAGGGUUCGAGCCCUUCAGGGAGUUGAGUUUAUUUGGAUGUACGCCAUGAAGGACGUGGACGGACCUCGAUCCAGCGGCCUGCGGAAAAAGAGAAAGUCGAGGUCAGAGAGGGAUCGGGAAAGGAGAUCAAAUGGGAUGAGGAGCAACCACAUUAAAGGCUCAGUGUUUCGACUUUCCUCUGACUCUGAACGGGAUCCCUCCUCGUCUCGGCCUCGUCCACCGCGGAGGAAGCGAAAAGAAUCUACUUCUGCUGAGGAGGACAUCAUUGAUGGCUUCUCCAUCACAGGCUUUGUCAGCUUUGAGGCUCUGGAGAAGAACGUGACAUUGACACCCCAGGAGCGCAGGAACAGCCAGGCUGGCACCCUACACAAAAAGAAGCCUCCCAAACUCCCCAAUGGCUUAACCUUGGAGUCUUGCAAGAACAACCACCACCAACACCAGACAUCAGACCAGGAGAACAAUCCCAGUCUGGCACACACACAGGGGAAGAGGAAGAAGAAACACCUGAACAAGAAGCACAGGAUGCUGAAUCCUGGGCAGAACAACUGCAAGGACAGCGACAGUGAGAGUGUGAGCGGCAAGUCCAAGGCUUUCAUCAGAAGCAGCUCCAGAGACAGGCUGACAGAUUGUGACACUGAGAGUGACAAGGAAGACAAGGUUUCCGAUGCCAGUUCAGAGAGAUUUUUCAGCACGACAGUUAAAGGUCCAGAUUUUGGCAACAAUGCUCUCUCCACCAAUGGCAGCCAGGAGCCUCACGGCCCGGGCCUCUUCAAGGUGUCAGGCCUAGAGCGGAGUCAGGAAAGGAGCCAGGAGAGCUGCAGGGACAACCAGCCUCCUGAAUCCAGCACCUUAAAUCCAGCUCUUGCCUUACCACAGCCUGAGGCAUCUGUCGCCCAGGCCCCAUCCCCUCUUCAGACCCAAUCAAACAGCACUCCUCAGGCUCCGGCUCCGACCCUGCCACUACCACACUCUGAGGCUCUCCCCACCCCCCGGACACCUGCAGCCCUGCCUCUUGCCCAGGACCAAGACACCUCACCACCCCAUCUUCCCCGGCCCCAGCUACAACCUGAACAUCCUACCCACUCUAGGCGUCAACCGACACCAAGCCUUCAUCCACACCCUCCAUCUCCUGCCCUUCCAAUCUACCACCCUCACCAACAGCACCCAAAUCAGGCAGGGCCUCAUCGGCCCCCAUCGCGCUGUCAUCCCCGGCCCCUGUCUGCUUACAACGGUGUCAGCCUUAACGGCCACAGCAGCAGCAGGAGCAGCACCCCAGGAACCAAGCUGAACGGAUCCUCUGCUCCCUCCUUACACUUUCCCAACCAGCCGCCUGCUUCGGCAGGAGCUACCUUCCCUCUGCCUCUGGCUGCUAACCAGAGCGCCUCCCACAGCUUCCCCUCUGCACUGCAGCCCUCGCCACAUCCUCAUCACCCCAAUAUGUUUGCGCCUCCAGCAGCAUUGCCCCCACCACCACCACUGACGUCUAGCACCCUGCCGGUACCUGGACAUCCUGCUGCUGGGAGUGCCUAUUCAGAACAAGACCUUCUACGUCAGGAGCUCAACACCCGAUUCCUGGCCUCUCAGAGCGCAGACCGCGGCGCCUCGCUGGGUCCUCCACCCUACUUGCGAACAGAGUUCCACCAGCACCAACAUCAGCAUCAGCACCAACACACCCACCAGCACACGCACCAGCACACGUUCACGCCCUUCCCCCACGCCAUCAUGCCCACCCCAGCACCACCCAUGGUGCGUACCCCAACCAGAAAUUUUGACAAAUACCCAACAAAAGUCGAUCCCUUCUACAGACACAGUCUCUUCCACUCAUACCCUCCAGCCAUGUCUGGUCUCCCACCUGUCAUUCCCCCAACUGGUCCCUUCAGCUCCCUGCAGGGUGCCUUCCAACCCAAGACCUCUAACCCACUGGAUGUGUCCACCAGACGUGGAGCAGUCCCUCACACAUUCUUACAAAAGGACCCCAGGUUAACGGAUCCAUUUCGACCCAUUCUAAGGAAACCCGGGAAGUGGUGUGCCAUGCAUGUCCACAUUGCUUGGCAGACAUAUCAUCACCAACAGAAAGUAAAGCAGCAGAUGCAGGUCGACCCUCACAAGCUAGACUUCGGCCUCAAGCCUGAGUUCCUGAGUCGACAUCCAGGCCCCAGCCUGUUUGGUGCCAUCCAUCACCCAAGUGACUUGGCACGUCCUGCUACGCUCUUCUCUGCUGCAGGUCCUACCCACCCGUCUGCUGCUCCCUUCGGCCACCCACCCCCUCAUCCUGGAAACUUCCUCACCCCAGCAUCACACUUAGAGCCUUUUAAUAGGCCAGCAUCAUUUGGAGGACUGGGAUCUCUCAGUUCAUCAGCCUUCGGGGGACUCGGGAAUCCAGCACUCAAAUCCCUAACAGGGGCCAACUCUGUGUUCGGCCAUAAGGAUGGCCCCAAUGCACAGCAGCACUUAAACAACAGCAGUAACAGCAGCCACCAAGAACCGUGGAACCGUCUGCACCGCACGCCACCCUCAUUCCCCACACCUCCCCCCUGGUUAAAACCUGGAGACUCUGAGAGGAGCACCUCAGUCAGCUCGCACGAGAGGGAUCGGGACUCGGAUAAACGGGACUCAGUCAGUAAAGACGACAAAGACAAGGACUCGGUAGAAAAGCGUCAGCCGAGCCACCCAUCCCCAGUCCCCGUCCAUCCAGUCAACCUCCUUGGUCACAGUCGGCCCCUUGAGCACCACAGAAACCACUUGCCCCCUUCUUCUGGAGACCCGCAGAGGGACAAGGAAACAAAGACAAAAGACAGAGAGAGGGAGAGGGAGCACCAAGACUCUUGGAAAGACAACUCAGAUGAUCACAAGCUCAAAGAAAACCAGCACAGUGACAAAGACACACCCGUUAUCCAUGAUGGCCGAGUGUCAGAGGACAAAGUGCCCAGCAGGGGAACUACAUCGCCCUAUGUUCGGCAGACCAGUCUGGAGCGUUCGAAUGGUGGCCUGGGCAGGGAGGUCCUGGAGAAGAAGGCAGAGCUGCCAUAUGAGCAGCAGAAGAAGAACAGUGAGGUCAAAGUGAAGGAGGAGAGGAAGGAGGAGCAGGAUGGAGUAACAGAGAGGAUCAGUGAGCCCCCUCCACAGGCAUCCUCCACACCAACGCUGCACCCACCCUCUUCAGUACCUGUUCCCAUGGGCAUGGCAGGUGUCCACCCCAUGAACAGCAUCAGCAAUCUAGAGAGAACUCGUGUUGUGGCCCCCUUCAUGGGUGCGAGCCCCCUCCCAGGAGUUGAAAGGUUCCCCUAUCCCGCUUUUCACUGGGACCCAAUGAGGGAUCCCUAUAGGGGCCUGGACAUCCACAGAAGGGACCCUUUAGCCAGGGACCUGCUGGUGAGGAAUGAUCCUCUGCACCGGCUGGCAGUGCCGCGCCUCUACGAGGCCGAGCGCUCCUACAGGGACCGCGAACCUCAUGACUUUAACCGUGACCACGCCCAUUCACUGGCCCUGGAGCAGAGAAGGGAACAGGAGCGCGCACAGCUGGAGGAACGUGACCGCCUCAACAUGCUCAGAGAGGACUAUGAGCAUGGGCGCCUCCACCCUGCAAUGCACCAUCCUGUCCUUGACGGACACCUUCCACCCCCUGGCCUUAUGGCCCCAGGACUGCCAGGCAUGCACUAUUCCAGAGUGAGCCCUUCAGCUGCAGCGGCAGCAGCAGCUGCUGCCGCAGCGCAUCAGAACAACAUCUUAAACAAAACACCACCCACUGCAUCACUGAGUGCUCCACCCCCUCUCAUCCCCACCCUGGGUGCUCGGCCCGGUUCCCCCAGACGGACUACUCCCCUGGCCACAGACAUCAGGGACAGACCGACUCACAAAGACAUCGAGGCACGAUGAACUGAGUCUGCGUCCCUUCAGCCCUGUGCCUCACCAUCACCAAACUCACACCCAGCACUUAGCUUUGGACAAAGCAAGACUGUAACAUAGCUGUGAAUAAUUUAUGUGGGCAGAGAAAUGUCUACAGAUGUUUUUGUAUAAAACUAAAAUGAAAAGAACCUUUUUUUUAGUUUGCUCCAUGGUUUUGUGUGCAUUCUUUAUCCUGUAUUGCAAAGUGAUGUGGAGUAAGACUAAACUUUGGAAUGUACAGCUACUUUAGCACUGACAGUCAUGUAGAUAAUGUGUACAGUCGCUGUGCUCACUCUGUAUGGAUUGAAAAUCAUGGUACAAAUAUGCAAAAGAGUGUUUUGAAAGCUUUACUUUGACUAAAUGUAAAUAUAGGAGUAUUAAGGCUUUGAUUCAGAAUGUGCUUUUUGCAAUUGUUUUCUUUUCAGCAUGUUCCAGAGAUCCCACAUACAACUAUGCAACAAUUGUCUGGGCUCCUGUUCUGAAAGCUGGCCUUCUUGGCACUGCUGACUGUGCACCAACAGAGGGAAACAUGGCUAAAUUCUCUCCACCAUCCAGAAUCCAUAAUGCAAGACAAAAGCUUUAACUGGUCAGCAGAGUUUGGGAUUUUCAGAUUAAACUAAAUGAUCAUGUUUAAGAGUGAUUCUAUCAUAUGAUAAAUUGUAGUGACAAUCUACAUUCUCGUAUUGAAUCUCAAAGUAUUUUAUUAAAUGUAAAAUCCCAGCUGAAACAAUGACGAAUUCUUUCAUUCUGGUUCUGGGGAGAAUGUAUCCCAGUCAACACCAUGACAGCACAUUUGCCCAACUUACGGUGUGUAAAGUACAUGUUUUGGAAAUGAGUUCUGUUGGUCAGACGGUGUGAUAAAGAGCUUUCCUAAGUUGUCGUACCUACAAACACAAAAGACAAAAAAGCAAGUCUCAGUUAUGGGCAGUUUGUUUCUAACUUGCAGAGAUCUAUUUUAGUAGUUCCUGAAGGUUUAGUUGUGCGCUUCAAACUCUGUGAUAUCAUGUUGUGCAGUGUUUUUUAAUCUAAUAAUAAAAUGUCCACCAGAGCCAUAGUGGUUAGUCAAUGCGUAAUGCAAAAAGAAUGUUACCUGAGAAACUCUUUUGCUGUUUACUGUGUACAGAGGGGGAAAAAAAACUUUCUAGCUCAUGUACAAAAAUGAGAAAAAAAGAAGCGACUGAAUCUUCAGCAUGUUCCUCAUUUAAACUUGUGAUAUGUAAAUUGUGCCAUGUUAUUAAAAAAUGUGUACUUUA